AUGAUGCUACCUAGGAUGGAUAUUGACUUUGUCUGGGAAUUUAGAUUUGGGUGUUCACAUAGGCUGGGCUUUGCUCCUUGUGAUGACCCGGAAUCAACCCAUUUAGAAAAAUCCACCUGGACAGAUUCAAAGGUGGCAGAGUCAUUAUCAAAGUACUGCAUUUUGUUACACAUCUUAGGUGGUAGUACCGAUGCAGCACAAUUUUCUGCUCUAUACCCGCAGAAAUCUGUCCCUUGUAUAACAGCUAUUGGAUACAAUGGUGUUCAGCUCUGGCAAAAAGAUGGCUUUGUCAGUGCUGAAGAUCUGGCAUCCAGUCUUGAGAAGGCAUGGUUGGGUCUUCAUAUCCAGGAGACAACUGCAACUCUCCUGACUGCUGCACUUGCUUCAAAGAAAUCAGAAGUUCCUUCUGGGGCUUGUGAUGCUGCUGCAUUUGAGCAAGGAAGUUCUUCAAGGACAAAUAUUCCUUCAUCGUCAACAGACAAAUUGGUCCAUUCCUCGGAGGCUACACCAUUGCUGAUUUCUGAAGAUGCCAUCGAGGAGCCAAAUUCCAAACUGGGUGAGGAGGUAUCUCCUGAAUCAGAUAUUGCCUGCGAAUCAGAAAGUAAGGUGUUUGAAUAUUCGUCUUCGACUGCAACAGAAAUAGAACAAGUUCAUCCUGUGGAUCUAAAUUCAACUCACUCUACAAUUGGUCACCAAGUCGAAGAUGAAUUUCCUGCCCCAGAAGAGAGCUUAAAUGGGGCUGAUCAUAAGUCAAAAGUUAGCAUGGAGGCUUCUGAAUUGAUUGCUAAUGAAGCAAGUGAAGCUGUACCGGGUAGAAAGGCUGAAACUGUAGAAGUAGAGAAAAUUGAUGUUUCAGACUCUUCUACGAGUAAAUCAAAUGAAGUUCAUAUAAAUAUAAGAUUGCCUGAUGGUGGCAGUCUUAAAGAAAGGUUUUCCGUGAUGAGCACUUUAAGAAUGGUCAAAGACUUUGUGGAUGAAAACCUAGAAAGCAGCAUCGGCUCUUAUGAUCUAGCCAUUCCUUAUCCUCGCAAGGUAUUUGGUGAUCAAGGUAUGAACUUCAAGUACCCUGGUGGCCCGCCCGUAUUACUUCAGCUCAAGUUAUAGCUUUCAAGAUUUGCUUGACGAAUUUUUAGAUGAGGGUUUUGUUUGGUUUUUUUUCCAUAUGCUUCCCUUUGCAACAUUUUUAGCAUGCAUCUAUUCAUUUUACAGGUAGUACUAAUUCAGUUGCUGAUUUCUUUUCUUUUCUUUUUUUUUCCCUUUUGUACAAGUUAUACAUCAUCUACAAAAUGUUACUAGAAAUGGUGCUCUUGGAUAUUCGUUUGGACCUUUAUAGCUGAAGUGAUAAAUACAGGAGUUCUUUAUCCAUGCAUGGCUUCUUGUAGACUUGUGCAUGAACAUUUUGUGGUCUUUUUGGCAUUUAAUUUACAUGUAGAUGUAAUUUUCUGACAUAACUGACCGUAUGCACUACACUUUACCGUAGAAAGACAUGACGAAAAUGCAUCUAGCAGAGAGCUCUCACAUUAUUGUACUAGACAAAUCAUUCUUGACCAAAAAAUAUUUGACAGACUUAUGAUCUGAUUAUUAUUCUUUUCAUCGGGAUUUAGAUUAUUAAAUGGCCAAUUGGGAACCACGGAUAUAGAUAGACUACGAUAUGAUAUGGGUACGACGAUAUGACAAAACUUAAAAAAAUUGGACACGAAUAUGAUCAAGAUAUGCCUACUAUAGAAUAUA